GCCAAAAUCGAACGGAUCCCAACGAUUAGUUGUUCAAUGAUUAGACUCUGUGACCACCAUUGCUUUGUUUUCUAUCUCACAAAAAAUGAAAACGUUCUAAUACUAUCAUUAAAUGCAAUAAUUUCGCGUUGCAUACUUUACUGUCGUGAAAAAUGAAGAAUCUCGUUAUUCUUUUGCUCGCUACCAUAGUCCAUGCUUCUUCCAACAAUUAUUCCAGAGGAUGCGACUGGGUAUACAUAAAAUGGACCGAAACAGAAUUUCACGAAAAAUGCAACUUUCACGUUUGUUCGAAACUACAAAACUUCUCAUUCGACCCCAAGGAAUCUAUCGGAGAAGCUCUUGUGAGGAAAAGAGAGAACAAAUAUGUGGAGGAGCCCCUGAAUUUUUCAAAGAAAACUGGCAAUCUCGGAUAUUACAAUAUAUCCAAGCAAGAGUCUAUCGGAGAAACUUGUGCGUGGGCAAAAGAUUGUAUGCUCAAAAUGGGGCAACCUCAUUGCAAUAAGACGACCGCAUUGCAUUUUUCAUGCAACUCAAUUGCUGCUUGUUUUUUCCUUUACUUGUGUGUAUUUCUCAUCUCUCUACUCCUGAUAUCCCCGUUGCUCUAUUUUCCGGGUAACGGAUGAUAGCUCUUACUUCUAAAUUACAAAGUGUUACGGAUGGCAGUUUUUAAAAGCCGACUGAUGCACAAGUUCAAUCACGAAAUAUCAAUACUUCGCAUCAUUUCUGUGUAUCUCCUGUAUAUUGUUUUCUAAAUAAAAAAAAAUAACAAGUUGUGAGAAUAAAAGGUACUGAAUUACUUUA